CUCGUCAUGACAACGUCGGCAUCCCCAACUUUGGCUGUUACAGUGCUUCCUGGAAAGGUUCCGUCGAUUGAAUGCUCUCCAUUGCUUCGACCUCGCGGAGGAUCACGCACGCCUUCUCCCACGACGUUGAGCACCUUUUCCGCCGAUCAACUCCAGCGUAUCGACGAGGAGCAGCAGCUGGAGCAAAAUCUUCACUCGCCUCACGUACCUUUGUGGAAGAAGCACGAUGGUAUUUUAGCCAUGAUCGCCUCCCAGUUCUUCUUUUGGGCUGUGAAUGUCUUGGCGAAGAUGCUGAGCAAUGACUAUGGCCUGCACACUCUCGAGAUGAUACUUAUACGGAUGAGCAUAACAUCGGCGGUUCUCCUCGGAUAUAUGCACUACCAUUCCUUGCCAGAUUACUUCCUCGGUCCUUCCGGCGUGCGACUGCUGCUUGUUGUUCGAGCCAUUGGUGGCUUCUGGGGACUGUUCGGCGUUUUCUACUCGCUGCAAUAUCUCACGCUCUCUGAUUCUACGACGAUUACCUUUCUCGGGCCAAUGGUAACGCCGAUAUUCUGCUGGUUCUUCUUGAAAGAGGAGUACACGGUCAUUGAGGCGUGUGCCGGCGUCGUCAGUUUUUCUGGAGUCAUGGUUGUUGCAAGAGGCUCUCCUUCAACUGAUGCUGCUGUGAUUGGACACACUGGAAGAAUUGGAGAGAACGUGACCGGCAACGUAGCCGAGGAUGCCGCAAUGACCGAUGCGAGACAGAAGGUGUUUACCGUCGUGGUUGCAGUUGUCUGCAUUCUUGCUGGAGCAAGCGCUGUAACUUCCAUGAGGGCUGUUGGCAAGCGGGCUCAUCCGCUGAUUUUGACGCAUUACUUUUCAUCAUUCUCGGCUAUAUUCUCUCUCAUCCUUAUUCCCCUUUCCGGCGUCAAAUUCGUUCCACCAACACAGCCGAUGGUAAUUCUUCUCCUGCUUAGAACGAUUGUCCUUGGCAACGCUGCUGUUCUCAGCUUGACGUACGGUAUUCAACGCGUGAGAUCUUCCAAGGCAAGCAUGACUUCUUACCUGCAGUACAGUCUGGCGCUUGUUGGUGAUUGGGCAGUUUGGGGGGAAACACCAGAUAAAUGGAGCUGGGUUGGAGGUACUGUCGUUCUUGCCGGGGCUACGGUGGAUAUUUUUGCCAAAUGGAGAUCUGAAAAUGAGUCGGCGGGGAGGACGGAUGAAGGGGUUUAUGUUCCUCUUACAACUGUCGUAUCGAAAAGUGAUUCUGCCAGUGAGCAGUCUAAGAGUCGUUGAUGAUGCGCUUGGUAGAGCUUAUGGACACAAGCCUGAAUGGACUGUCUCAGGUGUGCGCAUUUGUCGUUGUUUUUCCCACCGUUUGGUUACCUCUGAUGUUUGAUAACGAGGAGGGAUGGUUGCAUCAAUCAUAGAUAGAACUUCAGAACCUUUU